AUGCCAUUGUCUGAUUGUGAAGUUCUGAACACCGGCUACAGUCACCAGCUCCCUAUCAAGUCCGGCAGCCCUAGGUCCCGAGGACUGAAUCCUUAUCAAAAGCUACUCAGACGAUUUUACGAGCCAUUGUUCCUCUUGGAGACCCUAGGUCAAGCACGUGGAGAACACGUCACUGCCGUCCCUGUGAUGGAUCCGCGGAUAGCACAUCGGCGGAAGUUCUUGCAGAACCUCUCAUAUAUUUGUGACUUUGAAAAGGGCGGCAAUUCAUGCACUGCAAUCGGGGUUGAAGAAAAAGACACAUACUACAAAUUUUGGGUCGCUUCAAAUUCAGUCAAUCGGAAGGUUGUUGAGUUUCUAGAGUCUGCUCUGAGCACUUUGAAAAUCGCUGGCUCGCAUGGCCCAACCGAGUCGGAGCGCGAUAAGAUAGAUUUCGUGGAAUUCUGCAUACGGUUUGCAUCCAGUCGCGUGAAGAAAGAGACUCAAAGUCUAUUUCGGGCAGUCAAAGCAUGCUAUUCCAGACAGAAUCAGUGGAAUACAGACCCAUCGGCCCAUAUUCGAGCACCUCAACAGCUUUUUGAGGAUGCUGAGACUUUGGACUAUAUGCUUGAGUCGUGCAAAGUUGAUUACAUUGAACCAAUUCCUUCUGUACCACAGCCAAUAUUUGACUCGCAAACCACGCUGGAGGGAAUCCUUAACCGAAUGCUCAAGGAGAAUGACCCGGAACGGCUGGAAAUUGAAAGAAAACUUCUCUACAUGAAUAUGGGAAACGGCAUCCUUGAAAAGCUCAACGAACAGUACCAGCGCUGCGUGCCACAGGUUCAUGCUGAGGUGCAGGUUCUCGAGCACUUUUACAAGAAGAAAUUGCACUUUGUGGAUGCUGACCGUUACAUUGCUUGCAGUAAGCCUUCUUGUGUUUGCUGUGAAAUGUAUUUCAAGUACCACCCAGCUCGCAUGGUCGCGCCUGAGUGUCAUCGCAAGGUGUGGAUCAAGUGGAGUCCACCUUUAGUGAAGGUUUUCACAAAGAAUCUUCCGGACUUUAAGCAGCAGCAACAAAUCAUAAAUAAGAUGACUGAAGACAUACGAAGUGAUGUUAUCGCACAAGUUUUGGAACAAUCGUCACCAAGUCGCUGGCAUCCAGAUUCUCGAACAGGAAUCACCGAGAACCGGCUCUCAAGUUCGAACCAAGGCCCAUUUCCAGAAAAAGAAGACUUGAGCAUCAGGGCUUUGGGGCGACAGGUAGCCAAAAGUGCUGCAAAGCUAGCUAUUGAGGUUUUAGGUCAGCCUGAUGGUAUCGAGAAUCUAGAGAAAGAUUCCGAUUCGGAUGAUGGGGGAGUUCCGAUUCACGUUUAA